CCUGAAGGCCAAAUUAGAAUUGAUAGCUCCAGCUUGUCAGUGUUGCUCAUGUUUUUAGGACAAUUUCCCCCUCUAGUGGUUAAUCUGUGAGGAUGUGACAUGUCUUCCCCUUUGCAGAAAUGACAUCUCGACAGAAGUGAAAGUGCAGGCGUCUUAGUUAUGGCUGAUUUCAGCAUACUCUGGACUCUGGAUCAUUUUCACUUCUUAGGUUUGCAGUCAUCCAAGUCAUGGUAUCUGAAAAAAAGCUGAAGGAAAGGAUUGUUGUGUUUCUUCAGUACUAAACUGACUGGUGUGGAAAUGAGGCUUUAUUAGUAACAAGCACAUCCCAGAGCGACCAGACAAUCCAGCCACUCUGUGCGGAUAUGCAGAUAUAAUAUACAUAUAGUCAAAUCAUUCUAACGUUAUUCCACAAAACACAAUUCACUUUAAAGAAAUGUAACACUGUUGCCUGUCACUAUCGCCAGGCUUGCACUUUAAUUAUGUUGCCGAUGUGCGGGAGAGAAAAAAAUCCGAGGCCUGGAUCUCUCUGUAAGCCUCUCAUCCUCUUUCAUGUAACCGAAUCUUGUUCACACCUGAUAUGGAAAACCAGGGGAAAAGCAAUAAAGCGGGUUUUUCAAUUCAGCCGUGAAAGAUGAAUUUCACGCUUCUCUCUGGAUGAAGAUGUGCCCCCGCCUACGUUAUUUAAACACCUUCUCUUUACUAAAGAGGUGCAGUCGGCUCCAAAAAUGGCCCUGAGUUCGCUGGUGUUCCUUCUCCUCGUCGGGGGUGUCGUCUCGGGGGUCCCGACGGUGUCCCAGAGAUGCGUGACGGAUACCGACACUUUUCUGUCGGACAUUAACCGGGACGAGCCAAAGGAAUAUGCUGUUCACAUGUACGACGCAUUCGGAAAGAUGGGUAGCAACGUCAAGGGGGGCAACGCCAACCGGCCCGGUCUGCUGCAGCAGUGCAGCUCGGCCCGGGGCCCCAGCUUCUCCGGACAGUACUGCCAGGUGUUCCUUAGGCAGGGAACAGUCCAGUACUUCGUGGGUAUUUGUGUGCCUGAUUCCUGCAAGGAGGAGGACGUGCAAAUAUUGGUGGUUUACGGCAGACUUCAGUUUAACCAGAUGUCUCUCAUCCCUCCAUUGCCUUCCGUCCUGGUCAACGAGUCCACUCAGGAGAUGAUCAUGACCCACUGUUUGUCGAGCGCGGUCGACCCCGACGCCUCCGACGUCACCUGCCUGUUUGUUUGCUGCGUGAUGGUGGCUCUUCCUCUGGCGGCCACCCUGUUUACGGCUAUGAUAAAGUGGCAGCGGAACAGGGAGGUCAGUCCUGCAGUGGAGGCGGCCCGUUUAAACUCCGGCCUCAACCUCUACGGGUCCAUGAAGACCAACGGCUCAUCCAGCAGGGAAAUGAAUAACAGCAUCUCUGAAGGGAAUACAGACAGCAGACCUGCACGGCUGUGUCUUCCUCAGAGCUGUGUGAACGGGUACCUUCAGGCGUUCUCUCUGCAGAACACCAGCAAGGGGGUCUUAAGCACCUCCCCAUCCAUCCGAGGAGGAGGUUACUCCUCGCUGAACGGCAUCCGCGUUCUCAGCCUGUUGUGGAUCAUUUGCGGCCACUCUGCACAGUUCCCUGUAAUCAACACCUUGGAUAACUACAAAAACUGGAAGAAAACUGUUGAGAGCAGCCCUCUCUACGUGCUUACUAUCAGCGGACCCGUUUUUCUGGCUGUAGACACCUUCCUGCUGCUGGGAGGUCUGCUUAGCGCCAGGUCCCUGCUGGGCUCCAUCGACAAGGCCGAAGACAAACUGAGCCCCAGCUUGGUUGCGGGCUAUCUAUUCAAGAGAAUCAAACGGAUUCAGCCGCUGCAUUUGUUCAUCAUGUGUCUAACCAUUGGCCUCAUCUCUGUGGUCCAGUGGGGGCCGUACUGGUUCCCGUUUGUAGACACAAUGAUGGACUGUAAGGCCUACUGGUGGGCUAAUUUACUGCUAAUCACCAAUCUCCUCCCAGUCCACGAGAUAUGCAUUCCUUGGACGUGGUACUUGUCUCUGGACUUCCAGUGUUACGCCACUACUCCUCUGUUGGUUUAUUUUUACAGACUAAACAGAGGCGUGUUCACGGUCGUGGCCGGAGGUCUCCUGCUGAUGACCACGGUGGCCGGUGCAGUCAUAACUGCAAUCAUGCAGCUACCGGUAUUUCAGCCAUCAACAAUGACAUCUGAGAAUUACGUUUUAUACUACUACGUGAAACCCUACACAAGAUAUGGGCCAUUCCUAAUAGGGAUCUUGACUGGAAUAUACUUGAAGACGAAGAAAGAUCAGCUGUUGAAGCAAAAGUGGCAGGCGGCGCUUGGUUGGUUCUGCUGCCUGUCCCUCAUGGCGGCUUUGGUCGGAUUGCCCUACGUCCUCAGGGAGACCCCAGACUAUCCGUCUGCGCCGCAUGCCCUCUAUCAGGGGCUGCACCGACCACUCUGGGCACUGGCGGUCACCUGGAUCAUCCUGGCCUGUGAGGAGGGAUAUGGAGGAUUUAUCAACGACCUCUUGUCGCUGAGUUUCUGGGUCCCUCUUUCCAACAUUAGUUUCGCCUGCUAUCUGAGUCACCCCGUUUUCAUCAUCCUCUACAUCGGCUUGCAAGAAACCCCAAUCCACUACACGGACCUCAAUUUUAUGUACCUGUUCCUUGGGCACCUGGUGUUGACGUUGGUGGUGAGCUACGUGCUCACUGUGCUAGUUGAGAAGCCCUACCUCCUACUAAAAUGGAGCAGCACAUAAAGAAAACUUUAUUCUUGACCCUUACUUUUGUUUGUGCUUUGUUCUCUUACUUUUGUAAGCGAGAUAAUAAAAUCGGCAAAUCAAUGUGAACAUUUAAUAUGACGUCGGCCCACCCUUUGCAGCUACAGCAGCUUCGGCUCUUCUGGGAAAGCUCUCGACAUGGUUUAGGAGUGUGUUUAUGGGAAUUUUCAGCUCAUUUGUGAGGUCAGACACUGAUGUUGGACGAGAAGACCUGGCUCACAGUCUUCGCUCUAAUUCAUCCCAAAGGUUUUCUGUUGGGUUGAGGUCAGGACUUUGUGCAGUACAGUCAAACUCUUCCUCACCAAACUCACUCAUCCAUGUCUUUAUGGACCUUUGCUUUGUGCAUUGGUACACACUCAUGUUGGAACAGAAAGGGGUUCAUCGCCAAACGUUGGGAAUAUUUAGAAAUUUCAUGACUGGACUUGUUGCACAGGUGGCAUCCUAUCACACAUUCAUUCACAAAUGUUUGUGUCAUGGUUCUGUCUUUUAUUUUGUGAUCAUGGUUUUGAGUUUCCUGUUUUAUUUUGCUUAGUUUCGUAACUUCCUGUUGUGCCUCGUGUUUCUGUCUUGAUGUCCGCCUGUGUCUUGUUUUGUGUUUCCUGUUUUAUUUUGUUAAGUUCUGGAUUUCCUGUCUGCGUUUCCUCAUGUGUCCCUUGAUUCUUCACUGGUUUCACCCCUGUUGAUGAUGCUCAUGUGUCUCACCUGUGUCUUGUCAUCAUUAAAGCCCUCUGUGCAUAUAUA